UCACAAUCUACCAUGGCUCCGAAUUGAGCCGUCGUCUCGUUGCGGGCCGCCUCUAUCGAAACUGGGCCCUUUUUUGUCAACGUCGAAGGCGCCCAUGUCUGUGACGAUCCGAGAAACGACGCCAACCCUGGUAAGACACUAACUGUAAUUUUCUAUAAUUUUGACAUUUUUGUUUGUGGUGGCGCGACCUGUGACAACAACCGUGACAUGAGAGAAACUCGAUAUCAAAUCCAUCGCGCCUCCAGGACCCUUUAUGCUCCGUCUAGCAAUGGUCCAAUUAGACAAGUCACUGCGGUAUCUGGGGACUUACAGUGCGUCCAAUAAUGGCCAUGUUGAUGUGAGAACCGCGAAUUAUGCCAAGAGAAUUAGCGCUGUUAAAAGUUGAAGGCCCGGGAAACGACCGUCUUGGGCUCCUUUCUGGCGUCGACGGUGUCUCCGUCUCGCUCUUUGGGAGUGCGGACCUCCCAUUCUCAGAAGUCCACUCUCGCUUUGAAAGCUGAUAUCAGCCUUCUCGGCAACGUAUUAGAGGACAAACGUGAGCAUGCCUAUGCCCCUAGACUACGGGGCGUGCAUCGCUUCAGUUCGAACGCGGUACGCCGAGCGAUCAACUGACGCUUCGUAGAAUUCGGUACAACCUUUUGAUCUCUAUAGAGAAACAUAUCGCGACAGACCGGUUUCGCUUCCACGAGCGUGGCGCACAUACACUCCUGGAAGAUGAGCCUGAUCUGGGUGCAUGAUGCCGUUGCCGACAAUUUCCUCUACUUCGACGAUGGUUACGUUUGCUGCGGCGGCCGUGACCGGGUUAGAUUUUUUGACUGUGUAUCUAGACUGCGAGGUUCCUUGUUCAUCAGACCUCUACGCCCUUAUCAAAGCGUAGUCCCCCGACAUAUCCGUUUCCAGGAGGUGUUUUUGUCCGCAAAACUCUCGCAGUUCGCGAGACGUCGACAAGACGUGAGGAAAACCGUCCUAGUCGUGCUUGAUGACCCAAUCUCCUUUUUCGACAAGUGCACCGGACACCGGUAAGCGUGUAGAGCGCGGGAAUUCCAGCGCCCCGGACAAAUAUUGGCGAGAAGCCUCUCCGUUCUCUCCUGAAUGGCUCAACGUAUAAGGCGUUUAAUUAGACCGUUUUUCAAAAUAGGGCUCGAACCCGGAUUUUCCGCUCCGCAGUUAUUCGAGACGAUGGUUAACCUUUCCGGGGUUUUCAGAGCGUUUGACAGACUCUCUGGAGCGCUACGAAUGCCGAGUCUGUCAACUAGCCUUGACAGAGUACAGGAGAACAAACUGUAACAGUGGAAGGGAAAAAAAGCCGUCGACCUCUCUCUCUCUCUUGACGCGCUAUCUUCACGGACUGCAUGUCAAGACGCUUCGCAUAUACAAGGUGCCUUCAUCUUCUAUGUUUUCCGGGGCCACUUCUAUCCGGUCGAACACCUUGGUUGCACGGCCAGCCGUCGCCCAGAUGUGCGGUCGACCAGAACGAAGAUGCUUCAGUGUCCUGGCGGACAUGGCUGCCAUCGUGCGCAAGCGAGGGCGCUAAUUUUUCCGUCAUCCAGAGCAGGUCAGACGAAAAAUGUUUUUUUCUUUUUUCUUUUUAUUGGGAAGAGAAGGAUUGGAACAGCCGUAACCACUCAAACGGGAUUCGAUGGCUUUGAAAUCCGUAUUGAUAGAAGUUCCAUAGAGUGCCUCAGCCAUGUCCUUGUUGGCCUGUUUCUUGCAGCAGCUGGACGGAACGAAUAUCGCAGUACAAACGUAAGUGUGAGCGUGUUGUCGACAGCGAAGAGACAGCUUUGCGGAGGUGUUCUGUACACAUUGCUAAUAAUAGACGUGUUUGCGAUGGGAAUAAGUAGAAGAUGUUACAUGCACGGCGGUCUGAUCUACCAGCUCACCAAAGAGUUUGCACAGAAGAUACAGAAAAUCAAAAAAAAGAAUAGGCAGUCUUCAGAUGAUGGGUCGGUGUCGGUAUUUAUGGGACCCAGCAGGCCAGACUUGUGCAACGGGAAGCUUGUCGUUUCUCACUACUUCGAAGUUACAUAUUGUUUUUUUUCUGAUAUGUACAUUGGGGUGAUACACCACGCGGACGGUAACCCAUUCGUGCCGGACGUUCAUUUGGCGAAGGUGAAGUCUUGUCUCGUUAGUGUCAUGAAGGCCGAGAAGUUCAAGAUCGACGAACUGGCCCGCAAGUACACAGACGUGGUUCUCAUGCUCGAGAGGUUGAUGAGAGAGAGCUGGCCGGAUGCUUCGUGGGUGACGUCUAAGCCGAAGGAGGUGGACAAUUUGGUGUUUGACAAGAUAUUUUCUUUCGAGUUCGAGAUGCCCAAGGGGUCUUUGGAGCAGCGGAAAGGGAGAGAAGAGAGGCAGGCGGAUUUUCCGUUGGAGCUGUUCGAGGUGAAUUUGCCGAAUGAGGCGGAGUUUGGUGGUGCUGUCGACUUGCAGGACUACGUGGUGGGCUCUAAGUCUGAGAAUUGCAUUGGUGCUGAGGAGACGGGCGCGAGUGACCAGGAUACCCAGAGGGGAAGGAAGUUCAAGAGCAUGAGGGUGAGGAGGCGGUUGUCGAAGAACGUGCCGGCUGCCUUGAGCCGGAAUUCGGUGGACACCGAGACCGUUAAGCAAAUGAAGGACUAUUGUUGAGGGUAUGGGCGC